GAAGUAUAUUCAGAUUGCUUAUACAACGGAAUGGGUGAGGUAUGAAGAUUGGCCUACUUUCUCUCUCUACUCUACCCAUCCCCAUGUCUCAUUUUCUCUCUCUAAAAGCUUUACUUUCUCCCCCAACACAUUUCUCUGUUUGCUUCUUGAAGCCUCAAUACCUAAGCCAGCCAAGAUAGAAACGAGCCAAGAAAACAAAGAAAGAAAGAAUAAAUACAAAAAAGAAAGAAAUCAAGAGUGAUGAUAGUCACGUCCUACCAUACCCACAAAGCCCUUCCUUCAAUCCAACUCUACAUGCCCACAAAGAAAUCUUCUUCUUUCUUUCUCUAAUCACAAUCCCAAAUUUAAAAAAAAAAUCCCCAAAAAGAGAAAGGAAAAUCAUUUCUUGAUUUCAAUUCUUUGAUACGAAAGUUUUCUUUUUUUCCCAAAACCAAACAUGACUGAAGUACUCCAAUCAUCCCCAUCUCACUUCCCUUCUCCUUCAAGCUCUUCUUCCACACCAUGUGUCAACAAUGAUAUCUCACACCAACAACUUCAACGUAGCCCCACUAGAGCCCAAGGAAUAGACCCAGAACAAGUACAAGAGGAGGAACAGGAGCAGGAGCUUGAUGAGAGUUCCAUUGAGAGGAAAAUAAGGGAGAGAGCAGGGGAUCAGCUGUCACUUCUUGAACUUUUGGUGGCUGCUUUUAGGAGGUCUGUUGUUGGGUGUAGUGUUACUGUUGCUGGAGGUAAGGAGCUUUGCAACAUGGAGAUUGGGUUGCCCACAAAUGUCAGGCAUGUUGCCCAUGUCACUUUUGAUAGGUUCAAUGGAUUUCUUGGCUUGCCUGUUGAGUUUGAGCCUGAGGUCCCAAGGAGAGCUCCUAGUGCAAGUGCAACUGUUUUUGGGGUUUCAACCGAGUCCAUGCAGCUUUCAUAUGACUCAAGAGGAAAUAGUGUUCCCACAAUACUCUUGAUGAUGCAAAGACAACUGUAUGCUGAAGGAGGUUUGCAGGCAGAAGGAAUUUUCAGAAUUAAUGCGGAGAACAGCCAGGAGGAGUAUGUUAGAGAACAAUUAAACAGGGGAGUGGUCCCAGAGGGCAUUGAUGUGCAUUGCUUAGCAGGUCUAAUAAAGGCUUGGUUCAGAGAACUUCCAACCGGUGUCUUGGACUCUCUUUCGCAAGAGCAGGUAAUGCAAUCUCAGUCAGAGGAAGAAUGUGUUCAGCUAGCAAGGCUCCUUCCUCCAACAGAGGCUGCUCUGCUGGAUUGGGCAAUAAACCUAAUGGCUGAUGUUGCCCAACUGGAACAUCUAAACAAGAUGAAUGCACGUAACAUUGCCAUGGUUUUUGCACCAAACAUGACUCAAAUGUCAGAUCCAUUAACUGCGUUGAUGUAUGCUGUCCAAGUGAUGAACUUCCUCAAGACUCUUAUUGUAAGAACACUUCGAGACAGAGAAGAAUGUGUUAUAGAAUCAGCUCCUGGUUCUCGCCUUGAGCCUUCUGAUGAAAAUGGGCACCAAAGCUCUUCUCAACCAUCUUUUACGGAGGCAAAUGAGGAGGCCAGUGAAGGGAAUGAAAGGGAAAAAGUAUUUGUUUCUGAAGAACCUGUCAUUGGGAGCCCUACUCAAAACAGUGAAGAUGAUUCUACAACUGAAAGAGAAUGUCAAAUAUUCCUGACUUUUAUUGAGAACAUUCCUGGAGUACAUCGUACGUUGGUCGAUACUUGUCCUUGCGAAGUUGUAUCUCAACUAAAUGCAUUAACAAAUAAAAGCCUAGACAGUGGCUUUACAAGUAAGAGCGGAGAAGUCCAAAUAAGAACUUCUAAGAACAGAAAUAGCCAAUCAAGUAAUUCAAAUCUCAAAAAGGGAUCAAAAAGGGUGAGUGAGCAGGCAGUGAUUCGAGCACCAGGAUCCGUAGAGAAGAGCAAAGGAGUUAGUCUGGUAGGUUGUAUAAAUCCUAGAACAGAGCUGGUCGAAGCUUGGCGGUGAAUGUUACAUUGUGCAGUGCUGGGGAGUGUAUUGCCAAUUGAUGAAACAAGUUGGCAUUAGCGAGUUGUGUUUUUCUUCUGGAAAAUGUCUUGUAUGAUUUCUGUGUUUUAUGUAUGUUUCCUGGUGUUCAUUAACCGCGAGCUGCUUCUUCAUGUUUAAUGUCGUUAACCUGUUCUAACAUCAUCUUCUUCUUCAUAGUACAGCAUCUAAUCUUUUUAA